AUGCAAGAGUGUACGUACGAUAUAACAUCCUUUAAAUUAAAACAUCUAGGCCGAGAAGUUCUCGAUGAUGCCCUUGCCGUUGACGAGCUCCUGGAGGAAGAAGCCAGCGACCGCGAUCAUGGCGAGGCGGCCGUUCUGGAGCUCCUUGGUAGCCAUCUCGGCGAAUUCCUUCGGGUCCGAGGGCUUGAGGCCGGCCGGGUCGAAGCCGAUGUCGCCGGGGUAGUACUUGUCCUCGAGGCGGCGGAACGGCGUGUCAUCCGGAAGGUUGGCGAGCGGGCCGUCCGCCGGGUUCGAGCCCGCCGGCGCCGUCCAGCCCGCGAGCGAGCGCGAGAUCUCGGCGAAGCCGAUGCCAAGCACGAGGAUCUCGAAGAAGAUGGGCACCUCGGCGCGGACCUCGUCGAGGUGGCGGAUGGCCGGGCCGAUGUCCUUGUCGCCGAGGCGGAAGAGGGGGUGGAACGACUCCUGCACGAGGAAGCCCAGCGACGCGAGCAUCGACACGCGGCCGUGCGUGACCUCGGCCUCGCGGAGCAUCUUCAGCUCCGCGACGGACUUGCCCUCCGUGAAGCCCGCGGGGUCGAAGUUGCCCAUGGGCGGCAGCGCGCCCGGGAGGCCCGCCAUGAAUUUCGACUCGUCGGCCGUCCAGCCCUGCGCGCGGUGGUUCGUGAGAGUCGGCGUCGCCGCGACGCGCGCGGUGGCUCGUGAGUCGCGGCCGGCACCGCGCGUCGACGGCGUACCCGCGUGCAACCGCUGGGGGACGUCGAGUGAGGCGUGGGUGCAACGCGACUUGACCGAGACGGUCGCCGCGAAUUAUCAUGUUGAUGCAUUAUCAGACGCCGCUGCAAUUACGUUCACCGUCGGGUACUUCGGCGCCUCCGGCUCCUCCUCAAUGGCGGCCGCGCGCAGCGCCUUGCCCGUAGCAGGGUGCUGCGGCGCCACAAAAGCGGCAGCACCAGUGAGGGCGAGAGCGACGAUAACAGACCUGCGAAUCGGUUGCGCAUAAGCAUGCUGCAUGCAAUGAUGUAUUCUGCACGGCUCGCGCACUGCAUGGUUGUUAACUGUGUGUGUGAUGACGAGGAGCCGAUUUUACUGCCAGCAUCAGCA